UGGCCUUGAUUUGGCAAAUUGGAGCCUGCUCAUUCAUUCGUCAAGCAUAAUUUGCUGAACCGUCACUCCCACAAACAACGCACACACACACACACACAGUCCCAUCCGCCAUCCGCUUACUUGCCUCAAAGAUUUCAUGUUUGCUGUGUGACAUGAGUGGUGGAGACGGUGUGAAGAAGCGACGGCUCCAGAUGUUCAAACAGGGACACUAACUUUUUUUUCUCAUCGACUCGUCUGCCAGGUUGAGCAGAACCGCCGACUAAAGAGUGUUGUGUUCCACAUCCACACUCAAAUGCCGCUUCACAGUGUGUUCAGGAUGCAGUCGCUCCUCGCUCUGCUGCUGGGAUUUAUCGUCUCCAUCACCUCAGCGGAGUGGAGCCGUCCGGUGAUCCAGUUAAACUCGAAGGUGGUCUCCGAUCCUGAGGUGGUGGUCGACUCUGGUACCCCUCUAGAUCUGCGGUGCGAGGGCGACAGACCCGUGAAUUGGCAACCCAGGCUGGCAAAACACAAACGCUACAUGUCUAGGGGGAGAGGAAAUGUCAGCAUUUUGAAAGUGGCGAAUCCCUCGGCCGAAUUCACCGGAACCUACAAGUGUUUUUACAUAGGUGGAAAGCACCACCGCAAUCUGACCUCAUCAGUUCAUGUGUUUGUAAAAGAUCCCAGCCGUGUCUUCUGGACCAGCAGCACCUUGCUGAGAGUGGUGAAAAAAGAGGGUGAGGUUUACUUGCUGCCCUGCCUCCUGACUGACCCAGGCGCCACAGAAAUCAGUCUCCGAAUGGAGAACGGCACCAGCGUUCCACCUGGGAUGAACUUCACUGUGUACCGGCACCGUGGUAUUCUCAUCCACAGCCUUCACCCCAGCUUCAAUGCUGACUACGUAUGCACGGCCAAGGUCGACGGAGUGGAGCGCACCUCCAAAGCGUUCUCGAUUAACGUCAUCCAGAGUGAGCCCACUGCAGGGUUAACAGACCUCAAUUCUCGGUUGAUAAAGGCAGUUUUUGUUGGACUAAUUAUAUUAUUUUAUCCUUCUAUAGAGCUCCGCUUCCCUCCAUACGUGUUUUUAGAGACGGAUGAAUACAUCCGUAUUGCUGGGGAGGAACUAAAAAUUUCCUGCACUACACACAAUCCCAAUUUCAACUACAAUGUCACCUGGAUAUAUACUACCAAAUCAAAACCCAUCAUAGAAGAGAGGGUCCGCUCCAGUGGAGAAAAUCGUCUGGACAUUCAGAGCAUACUCACCAUCCCUUCUGUGGACCUUGCAGACACGGGCAACAUUUCCUGCAUCGGCACAAAUGAAGCAGGGGUGAACAGUUCGACAACAUACUUGCUGGUUGUCGACAAGCCAUACAUUCGACUCUUGCCCCAGCUCUCCCCGAAGCUGACCCACAAGGGUCUUGCAAUUGAGGUGAACGAGGGAGAGGAUCUGGAGCUCUCGGUGCUCAUUGAGGCGUAUCCCCACAUUGUGGAGCAUAGGUGGGAAACACCAACAUCUCUUAGCACGUCUGCACAGGAGCACAAACUUAUCCGGUACAACAACAGAUACCAUGCGAUAUUGCAACUGAAGAGAAUGAAUGCUCAGGAGCAAGGUCAAUACACCUUCAGUGCCCGGAGUGAUUUGGCCAACGCCUCCAUCACAUUCCAAGUUCAGAUGUAUCUGAGACCGGUUGCCAUGGUGAGAUGGGAAAAUGUGACUACUCUGACAUGCACGUCCUUCGGAUAUCCUGCCCCGAGAAUAAUCUGGUACCAAUGUUUUGGAAUACGUCCCACGUGCAACGAAAGCACUACCGGGCUGCAGAUGGCCACCCCAUUGCAAGCUCAGACUGUGGAGGUUCAGAGGGAGGAGUACGGGGCAGUGGCAGUGGAGAGUGUUCUGACCGUGGGACCGUCAAACCAGAGGAUGACAGUGGAGUGUGUGGCCUUUAACCUUGUUGGAGUCAGCAGUGACACAUUUGCCAUGGAGGUUUCUGACAAACUUUUCACCUCCACCUUGGCCGGUUCUGCAGGCAUUCUAUCCAUCUUCCUUGUGCUUAUGGUUUUUGUGUUUUACAAAUAUAAGCAGAAACCCAGGUAUGAGAUCCGUUGGAAGAUCAUUGAGGCAAGAGAUGGAAACAACUACACAUUUGUUGACCCUACGCAACUGCCAUAUAACGAAAAAUGGGAGUUCCCACGGGACAAACUCAAGCUAGGCAAGAUCUUAGGUGCUGGAGCUUUUGGAAAAGUGGUGGAGGCCACAGCCAUUGGUCUUGGAGAGAAAGACAACGUCAUGCGUGUGGCUGUGAAAAUGUUAAAAGCCAGUGCCCAUUCUGACGAGAGAGAAGCUCUGAUGUCAGAGCUGAAGAUCCUGAGUCACUUGGGACACCACAAGAACAUCGUUAAUCUACUGGGGGCCUGCACCUAUGGAGGACCUGUGCUGGUAAUCACAGAGUAUUGCGGCCUUGGGGACCUAUUGAACUUCCUCCGCCAGAAGGCAGAAACAUUUAUGAGUGUUGUCAUGAACCUGCCUGCCAUAAUGGAAAGCGCAAAUGACUAUAAGAACAUCUGCAAUGAGAAACUUUUUAUAAGAAGUGACAGCGGGAUCUCUAGUGAGUCGUCCAGCAGCUACUUGGAGAUGAGACCGUGUCAGCUGCCUAACAGCAAGCCAUUACAAAUGUAUGAGGAGACCGGAGAAUGCCCGUUGGGCUUGGAUGACAUGUUACGGUUUUCCUACCAAGUGGCUCAAGGCUUGGACUUUUUGGCUGCCAAGAAUUGCAUACACAGAGACGUGGCUGCUCGAAACAUCCUUCUGACGGACCACAGAAUAGCCAAGAUUUGUGACUUUGGCCUGGCACGGGACAUCAUGAAUGACACAAAUUAUGUGGUGAAAGGCAACGCACGUUUGCCAGUGAAGUGGAUGGCUCCAGAGAGCAUCUUUGACUGUGUGUACACUGUCCAGAGUGAUGUCUGGUCUUAUGGAAUCCUCCUGUGGGAGAUCUUCUCUCUGGGAAAGAGCCCUUACCCCAGCGUGGCUGUGGACUCCAGGUUCUACAAGAUGGUCAAACGAGGCUACCAGAUGUGUCAGCCAGACUUUGCUCCACCUGAGAUCUAUGAUAUCAUGAAAAUGUGCUGGAAUCUGGAGCCCACCGAGCGUCCCACUUUCAGCAAGAUCAGCCAGAUGAUACAAAGACAGCUCGGUGAACAAGUGCAACAGGAACAGCUAAUUUAUCAGAAUGUGCAGCAGCAGGAGCAGGAGCAGCAGCAGCAGCAGCAGCAGCAGCAGGUCACGGACGCCGAGCGGUGCGACCGGCCCAAGUGCUGCUCCGCCCCCUGCGAGCAGUCUUGUGACCCCGAGGAGGAGGAGGAGGAGGAGGAGGAGGAGCACCCUUUGAUGAAGACUAACAGCUAUCAGUUUUGCUGAAAAUCCUUGACCAAUGAAGUGACGUCGGUAACUUCCGCUCUUGUCAACAACAAAAAAAACCCUUCAAACUUCUAGACGUGAUCGCAGGAAACACGCUUUUAACGCUUCCUCCUCUGGGCGGAGGGAUCAUCUAGUUCCAUAAAUCCAGAGGAGUUCAUAAAAAAACAAUAUCGUACACUACAGUAUGUUUUUCCCACGGGAGCGAACAUGCAUCUGUAUUUUAUUCCACAGCGAACUCAGUCGAAAGCGAACAAGUGCCGACUGUGUAUAAAGCGCUCUUAGCUAAGUUUUUUUCAUUUUCAUCCCUUGGAUAACUUUAAUUGAACAGCGUUUUUUUUUUUUUUUUUUUAUUCUAGCGCGUGCCAAAUGGACUGUGAAGGAGGGAAAGAAUGACAACGUUGUCUUUGCCCUCCACACUUUGGUCAUAGCAGGAGCUCUUGUGACACGAUUACAGUCGGUGGGGCUUGUUGGCGACAUGUGAUCGGACCUCUUAAGUCAAAUGCAUUCUCCACAGGUUCAGGACCGCUUAAGCGCAAUGACGUGCAUCUGAACUACGCACGGCAACCAGUGGAUGCACCGUAGAAUGAACGUUUUAUGCUUGACAAUGUGAAUGUUUGUGUGUGUUCUUCGGACCUUUUUGUGCAUGUUCCAUAUAAUCUUGACUUUUGAACAUAUGUAGCAGUCAGCCUACACUGCCAAAUCAACGUAUGAAGUAACAUAAGCUGUGAGAGAUGCGUAUGCCACACGUCAUUCCAAAUGUGCUUGCAUAUGCGGUAAAUGCUAAGGAUCAUGUACUGUAUAUAUCUCCUAAUGUAUAUCAAGAAGUAUCUUUAUUUUAGGAUUGCGCCGAGGUUGUAGAGAUUGGAUGCAUAGUAUAUGAGAUGUGUGAUUUUGUGCAAGUGAGACAAUCUUUGAUCAUAAUAAAAAUCUUUACACUGAA